AUGUCGAUAUGCAUCAUUCGCUGCAAGGAUCGGAGAAAUGCCACUCAUAGAGACGGAGUGAAUGUUCCUUGUAAAUGUAUCACAGAACAUGGGAAUUUUACUUGUUCUUCUCAGCAGUCCACCUAUUGGUCGGAUGGUUCUGGAUGUGCAAAAGGUGACUCGGAAUUAUCCAGAGUCCAUACCAGAGGAUCAAGAAGAGGACCAUAUCCUGUUGAAAAGUUUGGAAGUGGACAGAAAUAUGCUGAUGGGGCAUAUCAGGAAAUUGGAGGUUUAUCUCGUGGUAAGGACAGUGAACACAAACAGUUCAUGAGUCCUGAUUGUCACAGUGAACGAGAGGAUGGACCCAGUGGUGGAGACACUGGUCAAAAUAAGCAAGAGGAUUUCUUUACAUCCCAACAAUACAAACCCUCUUCAUCAAACACAGAUCCAAACAUACUCAAGAACAUGCAAAAGAAACCUAGAAAACAAACAUACUUCUACCCUGGAGAUACAAACAAUAUUUCUAGGCCUUUAUAUAAGCCCAAUAUUGGCCACAUCCCUGAUUGUAGUCAGUGGAUUGAUAUGAAACCAACCACAGAGGACAGUGGUGUUUCAGGAUCAAAUUCACAGUCAUCCUGCUUCCUAAAUGAAAGCAGGAAUUCGUCUGAACCCCUACAGUUCUCAUCGGUACCACAGACUCCAGAGGAUUUAACCAUACAGAUCUGCUCCGCCAUGUCAAUUUGCAUUAUUCGGUGCAAGGAUCGGAGAAAUGCUUCCCGCAGAGACGGAGUAAAUGCUCCUUGCAAAUGUAUCACUGAACAUGGACAUUACACUUGUUCUUCGCAACAAUCUACCUAUUGGCCUGAUGGCUCCGGAACCUCCAAGACUGAUUCUGAUUUAUCAAGAACACAUACAAGAGGCUCAAGGAGAGAUGGAUUUAGUGGAAAGAAAGCAAUGGAUGGUGGUGUGUAUCAGGAAAUUGCUGGCAAAUCUCGUGGUAAAGAUACUGAGCGCAAACAAUUCAUGACCCCUGACUGUCACAGUAAGAGGGAUGAUGGCUGGAGCAGGGGUGGAUCUGGACACAGUCGAGAGGAACCAAAUCCGUUCACUUCCCAACAUUUUAAAUCACCCCCAUCACUGACUGACCAGAAUACACCCAAGAAACCCAUAUCACAAAUAAACUUCUAUCCUGGAGACACAAACCCUUCUUCCAGGUCUUUACAUAAACCCAACAUUGGUCAUGUCCCUGAUUGUAGUCAGUGGAUUGACCUGAAACCAGCUACAGAAGACAGUGGUGUCACUGGCCCACAUUUACAAUCAACCUGCUAUCUCCCUGAAAGCAGGGGCUCUGCUUCUGAGCCAACACAAUUCACCUCGGUACCACAGGUACUUUAUUAA